AUGCAGCGGAACAAUAAGAAUGCUAUCUAUCUCUUCGUUUUCAUAUUUUUUCAUUUUUUAACAUCGAUUAAAAGUGAAAAUUCUACUGUGUUGAAUUCAGAAUAUCCAUGGUUACGCCUUCCACCUACACCUCAACUUCCUUUUCCUGAUAAUGGUCAAUAUGCACAGAUCAAUAAUAUUAGCAUAUGGUACACUAUUUAUGGACCAACAAAUGGUACACCUGUUCUUUUCCUUCAUGGUGGAGUUGCUAAUAGUAACUAUUGGGGAUUACAAAUUCAACAACUUCAAAGUAUUUACAAAUGUAUUCUAAUGGAUUCUCGAGCACAAGGUCGAAGUCUAUCAUCGUCUACCAAUAUAACAUAUGAUCUGAUGACUUCAGAUGUUGUUAGUCUACUUGAUUAUCUUGGUCUCAAUAAGAUUCAUCUUGUUGGUUGGAGUGAUGGAGCGAAUAUUGGUCUUAAUCUAGCAAUGAAUUAUCCUAAUAGACUAUAUUCAUUGUUUGCAUUCGGUGCGAACUAUCAUACAUCAGAUGAAAACGACCCGUCUAUACCACCUGUUUUCGCUGCUUAUCUUAAACGUGCACAAGCCGAAUAUGAAGCAUUUAAUCCCAAUAAGCAAUAUGAAAUUUUGCUCAAUGAUUUACUAAUAAUGUGGGCUAAUUAUCCGAAUUGGCAAAAAGCUGAUUUUGAUAAAAUUCCUUCGAAUUUACCCGUUUGGAUUGUCAGUGGUGAUCAUGAAGAAGUUAUUAAUAGAGAACAACCGGACACGAUGGCUAGUUGGAUUCCACAAUCUGGAGAAUUGAUAUUGCCGAGAACGAGUCAUUUUGCAUUUAUACAAGAGCCUACUAAGUUUACUAUAGCUUUAGAACAAUUUCUAGCUGAAGUAACUAAUACGACAUUUUACUCGAAUUAUUGUUUUCCAUGCAUUAACAUUUGUUCGAGAAUAUCAGUCGAAUCGUUCUAUACUUUAGUGAUGGUCUUUACAUUCCGAUUGAUGCUGAUUAAUGCUUAG